UAAGGCUAAUAAAUUAGGCAAAUAAUUAUUAUAAAUUCGCUCGUGCCAUACUCGGGUGGCUGGUCUAUUUAGCGUUCAAUUUCACCAAAAUCGGUCUAAUAUGGUUUUUAAUUAGUUCAUCUAUAUAAUUUUUUAGGAGUACUCGUAAUCGUCGAAUAUGCAUGAAAAGAGUAAUGAGUGUGUAGAAAGCGGGAGAGGUCUGUAAGGAUCGUAGCAAGUGGAAAUCCAUAGUCUCUGCCUACCCCAAUGAGAAACAGGCGUGAUGGUAUGUGUAUUUGUAUGUAUAAUUUUUUAUCUACUUAUAUUUCAGCUAUCAUACAAGUUAAGGCAGAAUCAGUUUAUUACAUAAUCAAUAAUGGUAGGAGAAUUAAAAUUACUGGAAAUAAUCACCCUGAAAAUGAUUUCAAAGGAAAUAUCGAAAGCUUUAAGAAUAAGCUCAAACUUCAUGUUACAAUGUCAAUGAGAGAAAUUGACAUGAAAUUCCACGGCAAAGAUGUUAAAUUCCAUCAACGUAACAGAAUUAAGAGUACGUUAAAAAAUCACGCGAAGAAAAGACACGAUGAUGACAGAAAUACAACAAAAAGUAUGUAUUUUGAUGUUAAAACAAACGUGAUAAGAGUUAAACAUACGAAAGCCGGCUUUUAUAAGCGAUUUAGGCGUGUCAAGCCCUCAAGGAAACCUCUUGUCCUGCGUAGAGCGUUCAGACCGGAAACAGAACCAAGAGCGUUUACGACCGCAAAUAACGAGACCGGCAACAAGCGUCACAGAUUCAGGACUAAACCACACACGAAAUGGGUGCGAACUACUCCAAUAAGGAUUUCUAUGCACGACACUUGUGACUACAAUAUAUAUUAUUGUAUGAAAGCAUAUGUCACUGGCCGAGUAUGCGCCAGAACUCCAUACUGGAAUUACAUGAGUUUCAAUAAUUACUGUGAAAUGGACUAUAUUAACUGCAUGGAAAGAUGGACUGUUUGGCACAUAAUUCAUAUGGGUCCAUGUUUCAAGCAUGAUAAAUAUUCCGACUACAAUUGGUAUUCUUAUGCACCAGCUCACUUCUUAUAUCAGGAUUUGGCUGAGCCGGCUAUUGUGUGACUACUUACCAGCGAC